AUGAUAUACUCGUCCGGAAGGGAAUCAUACUUCAACUUGAACUCAACCUGGUACGAUCCCUCGGGGUCCUGGCUGGACACCCGGCGCACACCCUUCCGCUACGGCUACAACACCUGCUCCUCAGGCUGCGAGGGCGAAGGCGUCGAAGGCAUGAGAGGGCACAACUACCGGCAUUAUGGCUAUCGGCAGCCGGUCUGCUCCGAGAGAUGCCAUGGCUAUGCUGCAGCUGACUCAUGCCACGGCGGCGGGGGCUCGAGCUGCGUCAGGAGGCCCACGUACAGCUACGGGUCAUCAGGGGGAUGCAACAGCUACGGGAGAUCGGUCUGCUCCGAGAGAUGCCAAGGGUCCUCAGGUUCAUGCCACGGAGGUGGUUCAAGUUGUGUCAGGAGACCCACGUACAGCUACGGGUCAGCGGGGGGAUGCCACAGCUACGGGAGGUCGGUCUGCUCCGAGACGUGCCACGGAGCAGGGUACCAGGGGGGGAAGCCAUGCUACAGUGCACCAACGCAGUGCAUCCCGCAGUGCUGCCCCGUGCAGACCUGUCCCCCUCCGGUGCAGCAAGGCUGCGUGCCCGUGGCAAAGUGCAUCCCAAGCCAGCAGCCCCAGCAAAAGCAGGUCUGCAAAGUUCCAGCCCGGAAGAUAAAGUAG